GAUCCCGGAUCUCACGGAUGGUAGCCAUGUCGUGACCAUCACGUACAUGCCGCUGCUCUCGACCGACAUGGCGUUUGCGCAUCACUUUCAACCGUCGGCGUACGUCUCGCAGCUGCUCCCGCACUGGUGCACGCUCGGCCUCGGGUGCCUCUUGAUUACGAUCGACGGUCUCGACGUACUGAGCGUACCGCUGCACCUCGAUGCGACCUUGCAGCUGGGCAUGGGCGGGCGCGCCUACGUCGGGUUUACGGCCGCGACAGGCGCCGCGACGUGGCAGGUGCACGACAUUCUAUCCUGGACGUUUGACGCCAACCGGCUCGUCUUCUAA